CAAUAAAGCGUUUGCAUUUGUGGAUAGGAUUUGCAAUACAAACGCUUUAUUUUUCGGAAUAAUUUACGUCUAGUAAAAAAAAGUCUACAUAAAAAUUUUUGUCAUUCAGAAGUUAAUAGUGAAAGUUAACAAAUAAUUAUGGCUAAAGAAGGCGAUAUGUCGUUAUUUAAUGAUGUUCUCGAGCCUUUUCGGCGUGUUAUAAAUACCGACCCUCCAAAAGAUAAGUUAUCCUCUUCGACUAAGUUAAAUUUUUCAGACAGUAGUAAUCAGUCCGUAAAAGAAGGUAUAUCUAACCUACUAAGUUCAGGAAAACGCAAGUCAAGCUUUAGUGGUACAGACGCAGAAACCCCGGGAAAGCGCACGCGCAUAGAUUCAACAAGCGUGCCUCCAUCACCAUGGGAAGCUAGAAAACUGAAAACUGACUUGAUCGCUAUGAAAGCACAAAUAACCAAGUUAGAGGCCCGUAUAAAUCAUCAGCAUGCAAUUCGGAAGGAGAUGCAAAUAUUGUUUGAAGAAGAAAAAGCGUCUUUAGUGGACCAGCACAAGAGGGAUGAGCGAAUGAUGUCUGAUUUGGAAGAUAGAUUGCAAUUAGUGAGGAAGAGGGAACAGGAUUUAAGAGAGGAAUUUACUGAGUCGGUAAAAGAAUUUAAAGGCAGUAAAGCAAAAUGGGAAAGUGAAAGGUUAGAGCUUCAGAAACAAGUGGCAGAAUUAAAGGACCAAUUACUCGAAGCUAAUGUUAGCAGUAAGGACCAAUUGUCCGAAAUGGAAAAGGAUAUGAAUGAAUUGUUAGCUGCUUUAGAGGCUGCACAAGAAGAAAGUGAGAUACUUAAGGGAGAGGUUGAAAAGCUCAAGGCAAAGUCUGACCAAUGUACUAUGUUGAAGGCCCAACUAGAAAAACAAGCAUUUGAAUUGCAGCAAGCCACUAAUAAGUUGAAGGAAAUUGAAUAUGAGAGAGAUUCUUACAAAGACUGGCAGCAACAGGCAAAGACAGCUCAAAAACGGCUAUCGAACAUGGCGGAAUUAGAAAAGGAAGUGGGCAGGUUGCGUGCGACUGAACGCUCAUUACGUGACGCGGUUUGCAAUAAGUUGAUCUUGGAGGAGCAAGUGCAUAUAUUGUCGACCAAGGUGGAGGCGCUGCAGCCUGUACAACAGGAGCUACAUGAAGCUAAGGUGAAAAUAGCAUCACUAGAGUCGUCAUUAGAAGAAUGGCGCAGUGCGGCCCGAAGCCAUGGAGUAGAAUCAGCCCGGGCUCUAUCUUCGGCUUUGGAGAAUGCAUUGAGCGGACAACUCUCUGCUGUAGCUGGGGCUUCACAAGCACAGUCCCAACUUGCUCAACUUACUGAGGAAGUGGCAACAAUGAAAUUCGAACGCGAUAAGGCCACAGCAAAAUUGAAUGAUUUGCUGACAGUGCGGAAGAAUCAAGAGAGUCUUAUACACAGACUGCAAAAGAGACUUCUUAUUGUAACCAGAGAAAGGGACAGCUAUAGGCAACAACUGGACAGCUACGAGAAGGAACUCACAGUGACAUUAAGCGGGGACGUUGGUGCUGGAGGAGCUGCUUUAUUGUCGGCCAGGGUGGAACAGCUGGAGAAGGCCUUGCAAGGCUACCGGGACCUGCUGGCCACUCACGACCAGGAGGGACAUGCUAAAGCCCUGGAAUCGGCUCGAGCUGAAGCGAGCAAGUAUCGCGAAGAGGCGGAGGCGGCGAAACGCGAAAGCCGGGGCGAACGGGUAAUUAAUGAAUAAAUUGAAACUUCAAAAUUCAAACUUAUCUAUGCGCUAUAUAUGUAGGUUUUCUUAACUGUUUGUUGAUUUAUCCAGGUAUUGCAUCUAGCGGACAACCCAGCCGCCGUAGCUCACAAACAAAUGCAAAUGGACCUGGAAACAGCUCAGGAAGAGAUAAAGAAGUUAAAAGCGGCUCUCCGCGAGGGCGGCUCCUGCCCAGAAGAUAUGCAGCAAUUGAAGCAGCAGCUCGAAAAUAGCAGGAUUAAAUUGCAGCGAAUGAAAGAAGAAUUCACGGCAUCAGCCCAGGAGUACAGAGAUGUUUGCUACAUGCUGCUAGGCUACAAAAUAGACAGGACUGGCCAUAAAAAUUAUAGGAUAUCAAACAUGUACGCAGACACACCAGACGAAUACCUCACGUUCACGCUCUGCGAGGACGGCAUAGAGAUGGUGCACACGGACUACUCCUCCACGCUGGGCGAGCUGGUGGAGCUGCACCUGCACCAGCACCACUCGAUUCCGGUGUUCCUGAGUGCUCUCACCAUGGAGCUGUUCACACGCACCACCAUGCAAGUGGCGUGCUAGUGUUUGGCGAUAGUGCUGUGUCCGAGGAUAGUGUUGUGUUAUGCAGUGCGGGAUUUAUAGUCUAUAGAUUCAUGGGGAAUAAAUGGAUAGUGUGUGCGUUUUGUUGGAAUAGAGAAAGAGUUAUAUCGGAGAAUAUUCAGAUGAUCAAUCAGCUAUUAUGGAUUGUGUUUUCUAUAGGUCAGUGAUAAUUUGUGCAUAGUAUAUGUUUGAGUGGAUAGUUUACAAGAAGCCACGCAGCCUGUGCCCUGCAGAGUGAACAGAUAUGGGCUGAUAAUGUUAUAUAAGUAAAUGUAGGUUUGAGAAGUUCACAAACACAGACAUUUUGCAAUUUGCUAGAAAAACUUCCAUUGUCCACUAUUCACUUGGAUAAACACCAGGUUUGGGACUACAUUGGCUAUCAUAUUGUGUGGUUCAGUGAUUUGAGAUUCAUAGCAAAGAUUUAUGGAAAUUGACUUUUGACUUUAGAGUAUAUUGAUAUUGCUAUUAACUUUUAUUGGCAUAUCACAAAGAUGAUACAGCACGUCGAAGUCUGUGUGAUUGGUUAUAGUGAAGUGUGGUUGAGUCAUCCUGAAUUAAUUCUAGGAAGAAGAAGCCAUAAUCUACAAACUUAAGCUAAAUACUUUUUUAUUCACAUAAACAUAAGUCUUAUGAAUAGUACUAUUCUAAACUACAACUGGAUUGAACCACAUACAUUAUUUUAUUUAUAUGUCAUAGUGGGAAACUGUUAUUGUUAAAUCUAGGCAGAAUUUUGCAUUGUUCAAUGUUUUAAUUCUGACUAUUAACAAUAUAUUGAAUAUGUAAAUGAAACGUAAUAUCUAAUUACAAGAAAAAAAAAAAUUAAUAACGGAAUCUGUGCUAUAGUGCUGCAAGGAUCAUCUCGGACGUGGCGAAAUUUGGAACAAAUAAAUACCGUCAUUUUGUAGAACGUUAUUUGACGAAAGAUUGUUAAACGUGUUGGCUGAUGCAGUUAUCGUAUUUUCCCUAUUUAAUUUAAUUGAGAGAUUAGCUUAAAUAGUGAAAAUACGAUACGACUUCAUACCUAAUUUGCCUGAAACAACAGAUAUUGCAUCGGGAAAAUUUUAUUUUACACCCAACCAAGGUCGUCGAAGUAUUAAAAGAUGCUUGUAGCACUACAUUAUGCUUUGUGUUUAUGAUGUAGCGAUAGAAUGCUAGCAUUUUCGUAUAAAUAGUAUGAGGUUGAGUGUAAGGAAUUAAUUGUUGAAUAAUUACUUAUUUGAUUGACGUUUACAUAGCUU